AUGGAGGCCCCUCAGCAGCAGCAGCAACAGGGUUCGGAAGAGCACCAUUGGGUAGACCAGCGGCAAUGGGAGGAGAGGCAGCGACGGAAUCUGGCGCAGCAGCAGCAGCAGCUCAACGAGGGCUCCCCUUACUGGCAGCAGCAGAAAGGCGAAACACAGGCACAUUAUGAUGCUCCUCUGGACACGGAUAAACUGACUUUGGCUGUGCUGCAGCACCUGCAGCAGCAGCCACAGCUACAGCAGCAAACUGAAGAUUUGAAUAAGAUGGUGGGGGAGGGGGAGUGGGAGGCCCCUCGCAAGGGUUCUUCUUGGGUGUAUUCUCGUGCCUUGUCUGGGUAUACAGGUUUCACCUCGAAGCAAGCCACUGCAGCAGAAGCAGCAGCCGCAGACAACUCGGAGCAACUGCAAAAACAAUCAACAGGACUUCAAGCAGUCAACUCCGGCAUUUAUGUAGAGGGCGUUAAGCAGUGGAACGCAACAACAAACUCCCCAGUGCUACCUGUAGGGGAGGAGGUCCGUCCUCUGGAGAGUCGCAAGUUUACGUAUGACGCGACGACACAGGAAUACGUGAACGCCUGCGAUGCUGGGGAUCGGAUCCCAGCGGAGGAGAUGCUGCAGCUCAGCAAGGCCCUUUCCUCCGCCGCUGUAAAGGAGACAGUCGUUGAUGUCAUGAGAAAAAGAGCAACGCUGCGCAAGAUGUCCAGGGCUUCGCGCCUCUUCCUGAAGCUUGAAGAUAAGAAACUCUCCACGUUGACGGGCUCUGAGGGUCUCCUACCGCCUGUGGUUAUGGCCUAUCUCCCCGACAGAUAUAUCAAAACGUAUGACCGAACCAACUGUAUGGGGCAGCCCAUCUCCACCAGGAAACACCAGCCCAACUGCUGGUGCAGCUGA